AGGGCCAUCACACGGGCUCCUGAGUGGGCAGGAGGAAGGACAUCCAGCUCCAACUGGGAAUCCAACCACAGCCAGAAGCUGGCAGCGCGGGUUCGGGCAUGGAACAGGCCGGACUGUGGAUAUUCCUGAUAACAACUUGCGUCAUUCCAGAAAUAAAUGGACAGAGGGUGGAUAUGGAUGACGAGAAGUCUGGAUAUGUGGGCUCGAAGGUGGAUCUGCGCUGUCGGUUCAUCAACAGCUCCCCGCCUGUCAAAAUCUCCCAGGUAACAUGGCAGAAGCUGGUGAAUGGCAGCAAGCAAAACGUGGCCAUCGCGAAUCCCUCGCUGGGCGUGUCCGUGGCUCCGCCCUACAGGGAUCGCGUUGCGUUCAAGAGCGGCGCGGUGAGGCGACGCACUCCAACUCUCGAGGACACAACUAUCAUGUUCUCCUCCCUGCGUCUCUCCGACGAGGCCAGCUACAUCUGCGAGUACACCACGUUCCCCGCAGGGAACCGAGAGAACACAGUGAACCUCACGGUCUUCGUUCGUCCCACCACCCAGAUGAGUCUGUCCGCCCCGACGCUGGUCGCCCGUUCAACCAACAUCAAGACCCCGGUGGCCACGUGCAUCUCAGCCAACGGAAAGCCGGCAGGAACCAUCAGAUGGGAGGCCAAGGUUCCCGGAGAAGUGACCAGCCGAGAGUACAGGAACUCAGACGGGACGUUCACCGUUCAGAGCGACUACAUCUUGGUGCCCACUAGAGAAACGCACAAAGAGACGCUCACCUGCGUCACAACGUACAACGAGGAGGUCUACACCGACAGUGUCACGCUUGAUAUCCAGUACGAACCAGAGGUCGCCGUGGAAGGGUUUGAUGGAAACUGGUAUCUAAACCGAGACAACGUCCAGCUGAGCUGCCAAGCUGACGCCAACCCAGCCCCCUCUCUGUAUCAGUGGAGGAUGAUUAAUGGCUCCAUCCCGAGCAACACUGAGAUCAGUGACAACGUCCUUAGGUUUAAAGGGCCAGUCACAUACGAGCUGCAGGGAACGUACGUGUGUGACGCAACCAACAGCAUCGGGACCAGAUCAGCCUCUGUGGAGGUCAGCGUUACAGAGAAGCCGCUACCGCAGAUCGCAACGAGUGAUGUUGUCAGUGUAGUUGCUUUAUUAUUGGCUGCUGGAGUGCUCAUUGGCAUUACCAUCACAGUCCUGGUGCUGAAAAUAAGGACGAGAAAAGACAAAUCAUCAACUGGUUCUCAAUCCACGACGCUGUCUCAGCCCAUUAAAAAACGGCCCGGUGACGACAUCCAGCAUUCUGGACGGUUUUACGAGGAGCUUCCAAACACAGCGGACUACGUGAGCUACAGACUGGCCUGUAAUAAGGAGGACUACCCGGAGCCCUACUCCCCUCCGAUCAACCCCCCCCUGUCGUUUCUGCCCCAGCACCCCUACCCCUCCACACACACAAUACCUGCAACGAGCAGCAGCACCUUAUCAAAUAACUCCUUUGGUCCUCCUUCACACACCGCCACUAUCUUUAAAUACCCCUCUGUGCCAGGUAUGUCCUCUCCUCCCCCAGGAAUGGCAUCAUACACUUUUCCCAAAGAGCAGUACGUCUGAAGUGAUGUUCGCUCUCCUCCGGUCUUCCAAAGAGGAGGUUGGACAAACUUUUUUUUCAACCUAGCUGGACUGUCAGGCAGCAUCACCUGCAGCGUCGCAGACAGCUCCAGAGCUCCGAGGACAUGUCACCUGUUGUUGCUGGACAUUUGAAACAGUCUUUCUCUUAUUGUCCUGUACUUUAUCAUGUUACAUGUUCUUUGAAAAGGGACGAAUGUGAUCCAUGUUUAACUUUUAGGUUAGAGGAGGUUCAUUUAAAAAAAGUAUGUGAUACGUUUGCGUCCAUCGGACGGGAUUGGAUGGGACCUUUGAUGUGGUGUAUUCAUUGAUAUGUUUAAAAAAUGUAAUAAGUUCCCUUCGUUAUCUCCGAGGCUGCUCUUCUCAUCCUGUGUCAUCAACAGACAUUACCUUUUGGUUUUGCCUCAUUGUUUAAAUGUAAUACUUCUACUGUGCGUGUAUUUUCUAUCAUUCAUGUUAUUUUUUCUUUGUAAAGAAAAGAAAAACUUUAUAUUGCUGAAGAUUUGUGACUUUUAUGUUUCUUUGUCGUUGGAUGAACACUGACGUUUUUAGCAUUUAAUAAAAAUGAUGAUAAACAGCAGUUUGAGUUGCGAGACCUUGCGUACCUGAAUGCACCUCU